CACUGAUAAACAAACAAAAAAAAAAUCCCAAUCUAAAUUCGAAAAAUGGAUUUCUUCAUGUCAUCAUUUAGUGAUUACUCAGACACUUCUUCAUCAGAAACAGCUUCAUCAAACCGUACAAGUUCUUCAGAAGUGAUUUUGGCACCUGCAAGACCAAAGAAGAGAGCAGGUAGAAGAGUGUUCAAGGAGACAAGACAUCCGGUGUACCGAGGAGUACGACGUAGGAAGAAUAACAAGUGGGUUUGUGAGAUGAGAGUUCCUAACAAUAUCGUUAACAAAAAUAAUAAGUCAAGGAUUUGGCUUGGAACAUAUCCAACUCCUGAAAUGGCUGCACGUGCACAUGAUGUUGCUGCACUUACUCUUAAAGGAAAAUCAGCUUGUCUUAAUUUUGCUGACUCUGCAUGGCGGUUGAGGUUGCCGGAGUCGAAUGAUGCGACGGAGAUAAGGAGGGCGGCGAUGGAGGCUGCUCAGUUGUUUGCGGUUGAAGACAAGCAAUGUUGUGUUACCGUUGAAGAUGGAGUGUUUAUGGACAUGGAAGAUUCCAAGAAUAUGCUAGAAGCACAGGUUCCAGUGGUGUCAUCAGAAUUUGAAGACAUGCAUCAUUUGCUUCUAAGUAUUGCCAAUGAGCCUUUACGUUCAGCUCCUCCUUCCCCAACAAAUUAUGGUAGUUAUAACUGGGGUGACAUGGAGAUUUUUGAUACUCAAUUAGUUUCACUUUGGAACUUCUCUAUUUGAUACUCUUCUUGGAUGUGGUUGAUUUUGUAAAACUUAUUUUUUAGUUCAGUUUGAAAUGAAGUCACAUUUGUUUAUUUUUUAUUAGUAAAUUGUUAGAUUGAAAAUGAAUAUUUCAGAGUACAAAAAGUAGUUAGAGAUAUUUUAUUAGCUAAUAGUUUGUUAGUGAUGUAAGUUGUAACCCCUUGAUGUAACAUUAAUUCAUAUUCAAUAUGAUUUCAUUUUAUAA